UUGUUUUUCUUUUCGCAAUUACUCUUCAAAUUAAUAUCUAAGACUCUAGAGUUUUUGUAUGUUGCCUUCCAGUAAACUGAUGCCUGACUACAUGUAUUGACACCUCUAGUUGUGCUGUGGUGCCAUUCAUAUGGCAUGGGAACAUCCAAGACCUUGUGGUGCUGACCUGGUGCUAGACAAAAACAGCUGUUUAGAACUAAAAGCUGCCAAACAUACUUUAUUACUUUGAAACUAACCAUGUUUUAUGUUUAGUCUGUUUUACUGAUUUAUUUUGUAUUGUGUUAUUUUAUGUUGUGUUUAUUUUAUUAUUAUCUUGUUUUCUGUCACCAUAAUUUGGAAUGCAGUGUUGCAACUGACACCCAAGAUUUCAACACGUCACAUGACCGCUCUAAGCAACAUACAAUGCAGCAUGGGACCACUUUUUUUUUCUUACUUCCUCUUCUUCUUUUUUUUUUUGCUUUCCAAAGAUUCAUAUUUUAGUGCGCCCAAUGCUGUUCAAAGGUACAGGGAUUCAGAGUACUAAUAUAUGAUCUGAACUUUACAAACUCAGCAGCCUCUUCUCUCUCUCUCUGAUAAUGAAUGCGAUGGAGGAGUCGGAACUCUGCUUUCCUCAUCUUAACACCUCAUGUAGGAGGAUAAUACGUCCUCACUUGGAAGCCACACUCAUUUUCAGCCUGCUGUCCUGCAUCACUGUGAUCACUGUGGUUCUGAACCUGUUGGUCAUCAUCACCAUCUACCACUUCAGGCAGCUUCACACCACCACCAACCUCCUCCUCCUCUCUCUGGCGGUUGCAGACUUCCUUGUAGGUUUCCUGCAGAUGCCAGUUGAAAUCCUCCUCUUCCAAGACUGUUGGAUGCUGGGCAACUUUCUUUGUGCUGUAAAUGUCUUCUUAGGUUGCCUUAUUAUCAGUGUUUCAGUGGGAAAUAUGGUUCUUAUAUCAGUUGACCGCUACAUAGCUAUUUGUGAGCCCAUGUUUUAUUCCACCAAAGUCACUCUGAAAAAAAUUCAAAUCUGCAUUUGUCUAUGUUGGAUCUUUUCUGCUGUCCACAGCAGCUGGAUACUUAGGGAUGUUCUGAAACAACCAGGCAGGUAUAAUUCCUGUGAUGGAGAGUGUGUAGUUGUAAUUAAUUAUGUUGAAGGAGCUUUUGACUUUGUUGUGACCUUUUUUGGCCCCAUAACUGUCAUCAUAGUUCUAUAUAUGAAAGUAUUUGUGGUGGCUGUGUCUCAGGCUCGUGCAAUGCGCUCCCACAAUGCAGUUGUUACACUGCAGCUUUCAAAGACAGUAACUGCUAAGAAAUCUGAAAUGAAAGCAGCCAGGACUCUUGGUGUUGUUGUAGUUGUGUUUGUUCUGUGUUCAUGUCCAUAUUAUUGUUUCACUGUUGCAGCUGAGAACAACUUGGUAUCCGGGUCAUCUGCAGUCAGUGAGAUUUGGCUUUUAUAUUUUAACUCCUGUCUAAACCCUAUGAUCUAUGCCUUUUUCUACCCCUGGUUCAGAGAAUCUGUCAAACGCAUUAUUACACUUCAGACACUGAAGCCUGGCUCACGGGAUGGAAACAUACUCUAGAGAAAGACAUUGAUGAAGUGAUGGAAAAGUAUGUGAAGGGGAAAUUGUUUUUCAUUUUCAUUUACACAUCAUAAAGUCAGGAUAAUUAAAAAAGAUAUGGAGAAAUGAAUGUGUGUUCAGUCAGUAUACCAUUAUAUAUAAAUUUAUUCUCUGUUUCUUUUCAUUGCACAUUUAUUCUCUGCUUCAGUCAUCCUAUGAGAAUGACUAAAACCAGAAAAUCUUUUCUUAACAAACUCUUAUUGUUACUGUUAUUGAUGAAAAGCAUG